UUGCUCAUCCAAGUACGGACGUCAAAGUGAGUCUGUGGCGCGACUGUCAAAACGUGAAUCAGCGCGAACGAAAAAGCUUGGAAAACUGGCAACAUGAAUCUAGCAUUCCGUGURAACCUUUUCAUAUCAAUAGCCGUCACGACAGUGGUCGCUCUUCCGCCAAAUAGCUUCAAACUCUACAGCUCUGCUUCGUCAUCGCAAGAACUAGCGCCAAAUGUCCAGUGUGGUGGAACUUUGAGGUCCUCAAGCGGAGAAAUCACAUCUCCGAACUAUCCACGAAGUUAUCCCGACGAAGCAGACUGUAGAUGGAAGAUCAUCGGAGAAAAGGGAUCCCGAAUCACUAUUACAUUCACGGAUUUUGGGAUCGAAACAAGCCACAAUUGUGAAUACGAUUCCUUGGAAAUCUARGAUGGAUCUAGGAAAGUCGACAAUAAACGUAUCGCAAAGCUUUGUGGGACGACAACGUUGCAGGUCGUAGUMUCACGRGAGUCGUCAGUGUUAAUCAGGUUUCAUUCUGACUUCUCGGUGAACUUUAAAGGCUUCCGAUUACGGUACAGUCAAUCUGGCUGCAGUCAUCGGUUUACAGGUCUAAGAGGAACUAUAACAUCACCCAACCACCCUAACGCCUACCCCCUGUCAGUCAACUGUACCUACGAGAUAGAAGUACCAAGGCAACAUACCAUAGCUCUUUCCUUCAGUAAAUUUGAACUAGAGAUUGAGGAAGAAAAUUCAAACGCCUUUGUAAUGUAUGGAUGUAAGCCUGGUGAAGCUGUUCCCUGUAGCGUUGACUCAAGCGUGUGUGUUUAUGACUACGURGAAGUAUUUGAUGGGCCAAGAGUGGACUCACCGAGCCUCGGCCGGUUCUGUGGCAAGAAAAUACCUACACCCUUGAGAUCAAGUUCCAACACAAUGACKAUGAAAUUUGUUGCUGAUCAGUCGAUAAGUCACGAUGGAUUCAAUGCUCAAUUCAGAGCUGUAUCAAAAGGAGAGGGAUCGUCUAUCAUCCCAACAAAAAAGUUUCAACUAUGGAUGACUUCGCCAAACGAACACUUAAUCUUCGCAAAGAAACUCAAGGAGCUUCGUUCGCAAAGUCUGCGACACGCUUGGGAAAAAAGACUCAAAAACAAGGAUAWUUCUUUGAAUAAGCUUCGAAAAGAUCGAAAACCUGCAAAMCAAAGAAAGAAUUCUAAGAAGAUUGUUGUUCCKAGUCCAUGCGAUCUCAACAAUGGCGGCUGUUCUCACGAAUGCACUAAUCAUCUUAACAGAAGAGUUUGCACAUGUCUUCCUGGUUAUAUGCUGGAGUUUGAUGAAGAAACAUGCACAGAUAUCGAUGAAUGUAUGGUCAAUAAUGGUGGCUGUCUAGGACAAUGCAUCAACACCCCUGGAAGCUUCCAAUGUGGAUGUGGAGACGGGUAUACUGUCUCAAAAGACAACAGYACAUGUGUCAAUAUAAAUGAAUGUGCAACCAAACAGCACAAGUGCGAACAGUUAUGUCGUGAUACUGACGGGAGUUACUAUUGUGAAUGCCACAAGGGCUAUCAAGUUGGCAAGGAUGGAUUCUCGUGUGAAGAUCAAAACGAGUGUAGUUUACCUAAGAGCUAUCAUCAUUGUAGCCAUAUUUGUGUCAAUACGCCUGGGAGCUACUARUGUAAAUGUAGGGAUGGUUUUUUACUGAGUGCGAACGGUCGGAUUUGCAGAGAUCAAGACGAGUGUAUGAUGGGAGGCGUAAAAUGCAAUCAAAUGUGUAUUAAUACUCCAGGCAGUUACUACUGCUCGUGUUUUGAGGGCUUUAGAAUGAACAAGUUGAUUCCUAAUCAGUGUGAUGACAUCAAUGAGUGUCUUGAAGGACUGUCUGAUUGUCACAGAUGUUUCAACUUACAGGGAGGGCAUUACUGUGAAUGUGAUGAUGGUUAUGUUGCUAUCAAUAACCGAACCAAAUGUAAAGAUAUCGAUGAGUGCAUGGCAAACAAUGGUGGCUGUUCUCAGUUAUGCGUCAACACGGCUGGCGGAUAUCACUGUAAAUGUGAAGCAGGAUAUAAUGCUACCGACUCCGAAUCUCGUACAUGCGUCGACAUUAACGAGUGCGCACCUCAUGAUGGGAAGGGCGACUGUGAUCACAUGUGUACAAAUACUGCAGGCUCAUUCGAGUGCUCUUGUCAUGCAGGUUAUGCAUUAUCGAUWGACGGUUUGACAUGUCAGGARAUCAAUGAAUGCGCGGUAAACAAUGGAGGCUGUAAACAAAAAUGCAUGAAUAUUCCAGGAAACUACUCUUGRGCAUGUCAUGAUGGGUACUUGAACAGAGGCAGGAACGGCAGCGACUACAUCUGCGAAGACAUUGAUGAAUGCGCCCUUGGUUUACAUUCAUGUGCUAGUGGUUCAACGUGUGUCAAUACGCUAGGAAACUACACUUGUACUUGCCCCAAAGGCUUCAAAACCAACUGGAAUAAAUGRGUGGAUAUUGAUGAAUGCCAAUUAUCUGAUGUCAAUAACUGUGAGCAGUUGUGUAAUAACACAGCUGGAAGUUUUCAUUGCCAAUGCCUUCCUGGUUAUAGCUUAGAUGGAAAUGGCAAAGGCUGUAAUGAUAUCAACGAAUGUCUUCAAAGUGUCUGUGAAAAGGACUGUAUCAAUAUUAAAGGAAGCUUCCUUUGUAUGUGUCCUGAUGGCUACAAACUCAGCGACGAUCGACAGUCCUGUGAAGAUAUCAACGAGUGUACAGUCAAUAAUGGCGAUUGUGAACAAUUAUGUGUCAAUACAAAUGGCAGCCAUCACUGCCAGUGUAAACAUGGAUAUCAAUUGUUGAGAGAUGGCAAGACUUGUAGAGAUCUUGAUGAGUGUAAACUGAACACAGCAUGCUGUAAUCACGAUUGUGUUAAUACUGAGGGAGGUUACAACUGUACGUGUUAUCGAGGAUUCUCUUUGACUGGCAACUGCACUUGUAUUGAUAUCGACGAAUGUGCAAAAGCGAAUGGUGGAUGUGAGCAAAUAUGCACCAAUAAAGCUGGUGGCUAUGGCUGUUCUUGUCGAACUGGAUUUGUAGUUGAUUCGCUUGAUCCAUCGCGUUGUGAGGAUAUCGAUGAAUGCAAAACGGUAAAAAAUUCUAUUGCUGUAUUUUCGAAGCAACGAAAGGAUUGUAAGAAAAUACUUCAUUUGAAUUUACAGGACAAUGGUGGAUGUCAACAUAACUGUACCAAUACCAUCGGUACUUACCAGUGCACUUGUCAUCCAAAGUUUAAACUUCAACCUGACGGAAAAUCUUGCGGACAUUGUCCGACGUGCGACGACUUUGAAUCCCUUCUAGAAACAGUGCAAGUUCUAAAGAAACAGGUAGCUUCAUUGGAGGCAUGGCGGCAAAGCACCAAGAGAGGCUGUAUUGAUGAUAACUUUGGCUUCCAUCCUGAACAAAGCUCAUGGAAYAGUACCAGAUGCGACAUCUGUACUUGCGAGAAAGGGAAAGUGCUCUGUGAGCCUAUAAUGGGAUGUAAUGGCCGAAUACCACACAUUAAUUCUGAAGGCUCGUCGUCGACGGUGAAACCAUCACCAGCAAAGACAGAUAUCCCGUCUUUUAAAAACAAUCGAAGGCUUGAUUAAGAGAUGCACGUAUGUUUAUGAUGUAAUCAUCGAAAUUUUAAUAAUAUAAAUAAUAAUGAUGUCUGAAAUAUGAUGGACAUUUCUAGAAAGAAUUUAAAAAGUCUUCAAGUCGACUUUUGAAAAUUGCAUGACUCCGCGGUUCAAUGUAAUUUUCUUCGUGUAAUGUUUAGUGUAUUGUGUUUAAAUCUAUUAUGUCUGCAGCAAUUAUUUCAAAGCUCAUAUUCCUAAACUAUAUCAAAGUGUAACAUUUAUUCAUAUUUUYUGUUUGCAUGUGUGUAAUUCCAUUGACGUGAGUAUUAAGUUUUUGGUUGAUUGAGGAUUUCUUUCUAAAUCACUACUAUAUCAUGUAAAUGGUCAAUAAAGUUUUAAGGUGAUAU